CAUCAUUUAACAGGAAAAGAACCUUGGGAAGUGCUUAUGAUCCUUCUCUAUGUUUUUUGAAUUAUACGAUUCUAUCGAUCAUUGUAUUCGUCGUUCGAAACUUCCUUCCCAAAUGCGAUGGCGAGACACCUGCUUCUCUUCUACUCAGUUACAGCCAUACUUCUCCCAUCAUCGGCCCUCUGCUUCGACUCCAUCACCGGCAAUUCCUUGGACUCUUCCGUCCAGGAAUCGGCUUUCAAGACAAUAACCCGGCACCGGCCCCACACGGGUUUCUUAUACCGUGCGAUUCUUCCUCCCAACUUUGCGGGCAUGGAGGUCUCAGUUGUUCGGCUCAGAACCAAGACCCUAUGGAGGAAAGGCACCAACUUUAGCUCCUUCAGUAUCCCGCCGAGGACUGUUCCCGUCCCUCACGUCAAGCGGCUCAUCAUCGUCUAUCAGGAUAUGGGCAACUGGUCUUCCCAGUUGUAUGCUGUCCCUGGCUACUCCUUUCUCACCCCAGUGGUCGGGUUCACGGUAUACGAUGCAACAAACGUCAGCAGCGAGAAAAUCACGAGGAUCAACCUCGAACCUGUCGGUGGGCCAAUUUCAAUCCGACUCCAAUAUUCCACGCAUCCAGGCAACAGGUUCUCGGGACAGAGAUGUGCCUCAUUUCAUAUCAACGGGACCAUCUCCUUCAGUAAGGUGAGAUUCCCGAACACGUGCUAUGCCGAGGGUCAGGGACGGUUCUCAAUCAUGAUUCCCAUUGAGAGGAACCGGGGAUGCGCAGCUUCCUGGAUAAUCGGGUUAGGGAUUGGGUUAGUGGGAAUGGUGCUGGUUUGUUAUGUAGGGGUGAUGCUGUAUCGACUCUCGACAAGGAAGAAAGUUCGGGUGAUGGAGAGAGAAGCUGAUGAAGGGGAGCUUUUCGGGACUGUAUGGGUCGGUGGCAGCAAAAUGCCUUCCGCGACCGUAACAAGGACUCAGCCUGUUCUUGAGAAUGGAGGUUUUUCCUAGACUGUUGUUUUGCUGCCUGAAACUGAAGGAACAUGUUUUGUCUUUCUGUUUGUAACCAACCAAGUUAGGGAUAGCAGAUUGCUCCUAAUUUAUGGAGUUUCACUUUAGAAACUCCAAUUCAUUCAGCUUGGUUGGGAAAGCGAUUACCAUUGGUCUGCAGCUAUAGAAGAGAAGCUUGAUACAUCAGUCGGUUCAAGCGGGUCACGGUUUCCCAACCAAUAUUAGCCAAAGAAGCUGACUCGACCUAUAUCACAUUGCUGAGACAAGGUUUUUCACAUAAAAUGAGAGUGCUUCAAGACCAAGAGACAGCCAAAAGCCAACCACUUAUCAUACUAUUGCUUACUUCCCAAGUGACAAUCAACAGAGACCAGGCAGAAAUAUUGUCUGAACAUUCUUAUUCAAAUCCGCAGGCAGGGUGAGAUUGCAGUGUAUUGGAAAAAAGACUGCUCAACUGCCUCCCGGGGCAUGUCAUUUGCUUUAUUCUGAACCCGUCCUCUAGAAUCUUUUAAUUCUUAA